AUGUCCACGCUGGUAUACCCCCCCAUCCCCGCCCACGAUCUAGCCAAAGCCGAAGAGGACACGCGAACCAAAGAGCUCGAAUGGCUGCUGUCCUCUCUGCAAGAAACACUCCAAUCCCUCAAGUCCGGCCUUGAAGAGUGCGCUGGACUCCUCGCUCCCACCGAACCAGGCUCCACCCUCGUCCUGUCCUCUCUCCGCUCCGAGAACCUCAAGGGCUUCAUCACCCGCGUCGGCACCCGCAUCGUAAAGGGCGAUAUCUACCUGCGCCUGCCCUCCCUGAUACCGCCGCGCGGCCAGAACGCGUACAAGCUCUCUCUAUCCUCCCUACCCACCGCUUCGACAAUCGUGCUCGAACAGCUUACGACGACGCGCACGUUGAUCAACGCCUGUCUAGACGUCGUAGACGCAACACGCUGGACGGGCGACGCGCAUAAUGCAAACUUCAUCUCGGGCCAGCUACGCUUACUACACGACAACAUCCAGGAAGCCAAGUCCGCGCUGAAAGGCUGGACGGAAGGGCAAAAGACGUGGCACGAAGCUUCUUUGCCGGCAGACACUUUCAACCCUCCUUUACCGGACACCAUCUCCUUCCACCUCAGUGUCAGCGAGGCAGCCGUGCUUCUCAACGUCCGCACGCUCGAGACAGCAUACCCAGUCACUGGUACCAAUACACCGCUCUCCUUGAACUCCGCCGGGGCAAGCCAGCAGUCUUACAGCGGAUUCUCGCUACGGGAAAAGCUGGCUGGUGCGCUUGGUGUGGGAAGGCAAGUCUUCCACGACGAGGCGCAUGAGGUCUUCACGUACAAGGGGCAGGAUGUGCGGGUGAGGGACAAGGUGAGGGUGGAGAGCCAGGAUCCGUGUUUGAUGUCUGCGAUGGCGAAGUUGGGCGCGUUGGAGAGGAGUGUGGCGUUAUGGGGAGGGAGGGGGAGGAGGGUUGAAAGAAAAACAUCUGUGCCGGCUAAUCCAUACAGCAUAGGACGGCUCUUGCAAAUGUCCCGUCCUUUCGACAUGUUGGCCUGCGACUAUGACAACCUCAUCCAAAUGUGGUCAGGCGCGAAUCGUCUCGGCUUCUGGAAUUUCGCUGCGGCUCGGGUGAUCGACAAGCGCGAUCGGCGGGCUUGCAGACUUCGAAAAGUCGAUUAUCAAUUCGCGAUAAGAGCCGGAAGUACAACAACGAGAUCUCGAUCUCCACAACGCCAAUACCAUGCGACUUUGAUAACAGUACGGACAAGAGAUAAGCGCCUAUACAUCUUAUCAAUCCGUCUGGUCUUGAAGCCUCCUGCACCACGACCACACAGCCCGUUUCGACUGAGUACACACGCCGCCACCAUGACUCCCGCCUUACUUACAGCAAUCGACUCGACCUCCCACAUACAUCUCAUUAUCGGCUCGAACCCUCUCGCCGGCGCACGAUGCAGCAGAUCGCUCGAAGUCGGCGCGAAGCCGAUCCUCAUCGCCCCCGAGAGCGAGAAUAUGCACUACAACCUGUUGAAGCGCAUCGAAGAGCACAAGAUAGAAUGGAUCAAGAGGGAGUUUCAGGACGACGAUCUGAAGACUCUCGGUCGCGAAGAGGUUGAUAAUGUGGUGGAUGCCGUGUUCGUCACAUCCAACUCGAAGGGUCCUGUGGCAGCGCACAUCUCGUCGUUGUGCAGACGGCUGCGGAUACCGGUCAAUGUGACGGACUCACAGAAUCUGUCGACUUUCACGAUCCUAUCGACGCAUACGUCUGGGCCAUUGCAGGUCGGUAUUACCACUUCUGGGAAAGGCUGCAAGCUGGCUUCUCGAAUACGACGAGAGAUCGCAUCCUCACUACCUCCCGAUCUUGGCGAUGCCGUUGAGAGGCUGGGCACAGUGAGACGGCGAAUAUGGGAGCAGGAUCAUGCAGAAGCAGAAGAGGCAGGGUUUGACGUCGAGGACGAAGACGCAGGGCAGAGCUCGACAUUCAAUAAGCUCGUCAACCCGUUCGACGCAGAAGCAGCAAAGGCGCGACGGAUGAGAUGGCUCUCACAAAUAUGCGAGUAUUGGCCUUUGCGACGGCUAGCAGCCAUCACCGACGCCGACGUCGACGCCAUCCUCGAAGCCUACAAACAAGAAACGGCCCAACCCACCUCGGAGGAGAAACCCAUCCUCACCCCAUCAACACUCGACUCCCGCAGACGGAAAGGCCGCAUCAUCCUCGCCGGCUCCGGCCCCGGCCACCCGGACCUCCUCACCACCGCCACCCUCAAAGCCAUCAAGUCCGCCCACCUCAUCCUCGCCGACAAACUCGUCCCCGCCCCCGUCCUCGACCUCGUCCCCCGCCGCACCCCCGUCCAGAUCGCCCGCAAAUUCCCCGGUAAUGCCGAUCAAGCGCAGGCGGAGCUCCAUCAAGCAGGGCUCGCGGCGCUGGAGCAGGGCAAGACGGUUUUGAGGUUGAAGCAAGGGGAUCCGUACCUCUACGGCCGCGGGGCGGAGGAGGUUGCGUUUUUCCGGGAGCACGGGUGGGAAGCGACGGUCCUACCAGGCAUCACCUCUUCAUUGAGUGCGCCGCUUUUCGCGCAAAUACCCGUCACGCAUCGUUCUGUCAGCGAUCAAGUCCUGAUCUGCACCGGCACUGGCCGCAAAGGCGCCGCUCCUUCACCGCCUCCGUACUUGCCGAACCAGACCGUCGUGUUUCUGAUGGCGCUGCAUCGGUUGUCUGACCUCAUAUCCAGCCUCACCGGUAUUAAAGACGCGCCUUAUCCCCUGGAAACUCCCUGCGCAGUAGUCGAAAGAGCGAGCUGCGCAGACCAGCGCGUCAUCCGCACGACUCUUGGGGAGGUGGUGCAAGCGGUUGAGGAGGAGGGGAGUAGGCCGCCGGGUUUGCUGGUGGUGGGAUGGGCUUGUGGGGUCUUAGAGCGGGAAAAGGACAGGGGGAGAAGGUGGGCGGUUGAAGAGGGCUUCGCUGGGUUGGAGGGGCUGGAAGGGCUGGAGGGGGUGGACGCGUUGGGGGAGGAGGCGGUGAAGGGUUUGGGUAUCGUAGAAGAUACGAAGCAGGCGCUGUCGAACAAGCAGGGAGAUGGGCUCGGUGCUGUCGGCACUGUGAACGGAGCGACAGCAUGA